GUAAGGCUACUGUGCAACGACACCCCACUUCCGUCACAACAUCCCCCAACGAACCAGUGGGAGAGAUGCUGCUUGCUCAUCAGGGGUCUCUAUGCUGAAGGUUUUCGAAAGGGCCGUCACAUUCCAAGAGAAGUAUUGGGCAAUCGAUUGGCACCUCGGUAUGGAAGUCCCCUAUUGUGGGUCAGUCCUUUUCUUGUGGGAUGAGAGUGGCGGUUACAACCCAUGCGAGGGUAUCAAGACUUACUCAUUUGAUAAGAACAUUCCUGAUGAGGAGUACAUGAGAUUCCAUCUCACAACGUGUUUCGACAUCGAUGGUCACGAGGUGCCUGAGAACUACAAGCUCAUGUCGCUCCACGUCGAGAAGUUCCAAGGUUACGACAUCCGUGAUGCCACUGUUUGACAAGUCGAAGAAGAAGGAUACGUCGCAGAUGGUGAUGCUAAGACCAUUCAAGUUCCUCAAACGCGUUAACUGCUAUAAAGUGUCAAAGUGUAUCGUGACGAUUGACAACAUGCUACGAUUGUCAACUCCCUUCGUGCCGUUCAACUGUGAUCUUCAAGGCUUCGCAGACAUCGUGCGAUGCCACAAACUGCAGACGAUGGGCCAAGCCAUUUUAUGGAGUAACGUCUCUGUCUGCUCGCCAAAGGCGGGCAACGACGCGAAAGACACAGAAGACGAGGACGAUGAACAACGGUUCUGUGACGGUGCAAAAGAUGAAGAGGAACGCUUAGAGGAUGGUUGGGCCCAAGGCGAUGGUAGUGAAGGCAAAGAGGAUGGUGGUCACGAAGGCGAUGAGAGUGAAGAAGAAGAGGAUGAGAAUGCAAGUGAAGAGGACGCCGAAGAACGGGAAGACAACUACAAAGGCGGAAGCGAAGGAGAUGAGGGUGGGGCAAACGACAAUGACGACAAGAAUAGUGGUUCACAGAAAAGGCGGGAAGAGUGUUCUCGUGCCACAAGCCAUCACGGCCCGUCCGAAGAUGACGGUGUGUUGUAUAGCACACAUAGGUCUGUACGCUUGCGCAAGAGGAAAAUGAAAGUCAGGAGAACAAUGGAAGAGAAACGGAGACAAGCUAAGCUCAUCAACUUUCAAGUCUCAAAGGAGGCUUACAAAAAAUCCUUAGAGGCCCAAUCCGCUAAACUAGCAAAGGAAAAACGUGAAUGCCCUUAAUCUUCCCAGAGACCAAAAAAGAAAACAAAGGCCGAGGAGACAAAGGAAGUGGCCGACUCUGGGGACGAAGCGGCGGGGGUUGACCCACGACAUACAACGUCGAAGCCAGGAGAGUUGACCUACGACAAUAUCGACACCACUCAAUGUUUUUUCCUCGAAUACGACGCGAACGACAAUGCGAUAGAUCCGCCUACCCAAAUUUUCAUCGACGUCGUCAACAUACUUCCCAACCCAUCGGAAGGCGUGCAAUACAACCUCAGGCCGUUGAACGAGAUGUUGAUCAGGGACGCAAUGAAACACCCAGAAAACC